GAGUGGCUCAUCGCAGUAACGCCUGUCAUGGAUUCAACGACACAAACUAACCUAAAAUUUUCAAUUUUGUUUUGUUUAUGGCACAGAACAUACCCCCACCAUAAGGGGGGAUAUUUUGUGGUUUAUGGACGGGUUGCUUACAUAAAGUUUACAUACGCCUAACGUUUAUGGCUAGUAUAUACGUUUUUAUUAGUUUUCCCUUAUGGAAAGUUAACUUAAACAAGGAGAAAAUGAAGUCCUGCGUACGCCAUUAUAUAUUCUUAUGAAGUUUAUUGGCUAAACAGGGAUUGUUUAAUGCCUUUCACGAUUGAUAACGUGUAACAACACAAACACUACACUUACAUAUUUGCUUCUUGUUAAAUUAUGAAAAACUUUCUAAAAUGUUCAAACUAAUUAGUGAUGAGCAAAGCAAGACCAAGACUUUCUCCUGAUUAAAAGAGCAAGUCUUGGUCUUGGUCUUGCAAGCCCUGCUUUUAUAUAAGCCGUAAAAUGCAACGGAAUUAAGUUAAUAAUAACACGAAUAAUAGUUAAAUUAAAAGAUAAUAAUAAUCAAGACAAAUCAAUAAAAAAAAUAUCAGACUAUUUGCUGUUUUAAUAAGUUUAAUUAUUUUGUAAUUCAAAAUUGUUGACCCGUACUUUUGCAUUGCCUGUUAAGAUCCAGAAGAUCUUCAUCCAGAGAAAUUGAAUAUAUUUUCAUAUAGUGUAAUUUACAUAUUCUAAUGAAAGUGUAACAACAAGGAGGCAGUAAACGGUAGAUAUUUAAAAGUUUUGAUUGGGCUUACAGAAUUUUACUGAUGAACUAUUGAAGAAACUCACUUAUUAAUAAUGCACAUGAUUCGUCGCAAAGAUUAAUUUAGAUUACUGUUUACACAGCAACUAUGUGCAAGGACUCUGGCAAGAAAUAUUGCAAAAAUUAUUACUAAAGUACAUUGUAAACUGUUCAUAGAAAUUUAUUUACUGCUUGAGAUUUUACUGUUUUAAUUCACCGAUCCACUCAAAAUACGAAUUCGCAGGCACUUCGCUAUGAACAUAAAAAUCUUAUAUCUAGUUCGAGCUUAACAUAUAUUCAUCUGUCUGAGUAUUCAUAUGAAAAACGGUAGCGCCAAUUAAUACAUUUGGACUUGUCUUAGGAAAAGUUUGAUAAUCUGUGCUUUGCACAAAAUAACAUUGCAAUUCAAACAUAUAAUGUAUAAUUUUUACACGAUUCAAAUACUGUUUGAAUAGAAAAUAUUGUUCGUGAUGUUCGUUUUUGUAAUGGAUGAGGUUUAGGAAAUGCUACCUGCCUAGAGUUGGUAUGCUAGAGCUUUGGGCUGUAUAAGCCUCCAGCCUGGCUGAUUACUUAGUAAAACCCUUUCGCUCAUCGGUGAGGUACUCCUUCGCUUGCCCUGUUUAUUCAAUGAAUGAGGAUAAUAAGGAUAUGUAAUGGCGUACGCAGGACUUAAUUGUCUCCUUGUUUCAGUAACUUUCCAAAGGGAAAACUAAUCAAAACGUAUAUACCAUAGCCAUCAACCCAAGCGAAUGCAUACAAGCCUUCUAUAAACAAAACAAACUUAAAGUUUUUAGGUUAGUGACGUAGAAUCCAAAUGAUGGAUCCAUGACAGGCGUUACUGCGAUAAGGCACUCGUGUUAAGGUUAAAGUUAGCUAUUCUGCACCACCUAACUUCGUUGUUGUUUAUAUUUGAUAUCAAUGUUUGGAAAUUUGUAGCAAUUGUUUCAAUUUUGCUCAAAAUGAGCGUGUAUUAUAGAUGCCGGCUAUGCUUAGGCAUGUCGAGCAAGAAAAUUGACAUUUUUAAAGACGAUUUUCCAAAAAUGAUCGAAAUGUUAACUGGGCUCAAGGUUGAUCCUUGUGAUGACUUCCCGAAGGUCUCGUGUGUAGAUUGUGCAAAAAAUGUGAAAAUGGCAGUAAAAACCCGGUUUAAAAUAGUCCAAUCUCACAAGGCUCUAUUGGAGGAGUUCUUGUCCAAGUGUCGCGAAAAUAAGAUUUGCAAGUCCGAAACCAUUAAGGCAGAAAACUGCGUGAAUAAUGAAGAAAAACCAGACGCUAGUCAACCCUCUCUAGCACAACCUGAGAGAUCGCAAGUCCCUAUUAUGAAUAGUGCUGGCCCAGAAGAUUCAAACAGUGAAAACUCAGCGAGUUCACUAUCACCUGCAUUUUCUGACUCAGAUUGGCCUGCGGAAACAAAACCAACCGUGCCAGACUCCCCAGGAAGCCCAGAAGAAUCGCACCGGCCCACAUUGAAAGCCACCAAAGAAGUGAUUUUUGUGAAAAAACGUAAAAAGCUAGCCCCGAAUGGGCAGGCUGAAAUAGUAGUACGCAUCAAGAAAAAGCCCAAAGGCCGGGAACCUCCCAAGCGCGUUACCUGCGACAUUUGCAAGCGCGAAGUACAAAGUUACUGGCUGCAAAAGCACCUGGAAACCCACGAAUACAACCCGGUGACUUGCGAGUUUUGUGGGUUGGUGUCGAAAAGCCCCACAGCUUUACGCCACCAUGUAUUUUACUAUCAUAGAAGUGCCGCGGAUGAGUAUAUGUGCGACCAGUGCGGCAGGAGUUUUCGCUCAAAGUACCGCCUGAAUCUUCACAAGAAGAAGGAGCAUGGAGGGACGAAGGAUUUCGAAUGCACCACUUGUGGCAAGAAGUUUUUCGAAAGAAUGCAUCUUAAGAGGCAUGUGGACAAAACGCACAAAAACAUCAGGCCCUACGUGUGCGAUUUUUGCGGAAAAAGCUUUAAAUCGAAAAACCAUAUCAAGAUCCACGAAAGAAUCCACUCCAAGGAAACUCCUUAUAACUGUCACAUGUGUGGAGAGAGUUUUAAGAUGAAACUCACGCUGCGCACUCAUUUGAAAGGAAUUCACAACGUUCACGAAGAACAAAAGGUUUUCUGUGAUAUUUGCAAAAGGGGCUUUGUUUCCGAAGUGGCGUUGAAGGCCCAUUUGAACUCCAGAAUUCACGAAACUGAGAAAUGUCUCUAUUGUUCGGAGAUGUUUACAA